AUGAAACUUCAAAUUUAUAAUCCAAAUGGUGAAGAAUUUCAAUAUGAUUUUAAAUCGGAUAUACCAUUUUCAUUUCACAUAAAGAAUUUAUAUGAAAAUUUAGUGGUACAUAAUAAUGGAUUAAAAAAAAUAUUACAAUCAUUCCCCUACUGUGAAGCAAAUAGAAGUUACGAUGAAAUUUAUAGUCAUUAUUCAUUACAAGAGGCAACAUCUGGUAAUUGGAUGUCAAAUUCAACUGAUUCUACAUUUAUCAAAGGUUCACCAGAUAAUACAUUAUUUUUUAAACUUAAACCAUUAACUCAUUAUUUAACACCAAUUGAAAAAUUAAUUGGCACUACUACAUCAUCAUCAUCAUCAUCAUCAUCACCAUCAUCAUCAUCAUCAUCAUCAUCAUCAUCAUCGUCAUCAUCACCAUCAUCUCCUUCUCUAAUUGGUUUAAUAUUAUCAUUACAAACUCAUUUAGCAUUAUUAAUGUAUGAAAAUAUUUAUGGAAAUAAAAAUAAUAGUAAAGAUACUAAUAAUAGUGGUACCAUCAAUAAUAAUAAUAAUAAUAAUAAUAACAGUGGUGGUAGUAAUAUUAAAUUAUCAUCAACACCGUCAUCAUCAUUUUUAACAUUUCCAACAUCAACAUCAAAUUUAUUAUUAAGUUCUGAUGUGAUUAAAAAGAUUUUAAAUAUUGUAUUUUUAGCACCAUCACCACAAUCACUUCAAUUAUUAGUGUUUUUAGUAUCAAAUUCACCAAGUAAUGAUGAUUUACUAUCACAAAUUUCAAAUACACAUUCAAAUUCACAAUUACAUGGUUUUUCAAUUGGUGGUGGCGGUGGUGGUAGUGGUAAUAACUCAAGUAUCACAUCAAUUGGUGGUGGUGAUAGUAAAAAAAUUGAAAAUAAAGAUAAUAGUGGUAGUGCUGUUGUUGGUUCACAAUCAAAUUCACCGCAAUCAAGCUCUUUUGUAAAAUCCCAACAAAUACAACAACAACAACAAUAUCAAAAACCAAAUAAUUCAUCACCCCCACCAACUACAACAACUACAACAACUACAACAACUACAACAAGUGGAUCACAAGUUAAAUUAUCAGUUGGUGGUAAUAGUGGAUCAUUUAAUAAUACAACAGAAUCAUCUCCAUCAUUAUUUACAUUGGUGGAUACAGCAAUCAAAUCAGUAUCAACUGAACAUUCAUCAAAUUUCUAUUUACACAUUUUAAAUAAUCCAGCCUAUAAUGAAGUGAUUGAAACUCAUUUUGAAAUGGUUUGUUUAAUUCUAUCAUUGAUUAACAAUAUGUAUAGAUUAUCACCAAAUCCAAUCAACUAUUUCAAUAGACUUCAUAAUGAUUCAAUCUUAAAGUAUAUAAUGGAAUUUGCUAAAAAGAAUCAAAAAAUUUAUCAAAAUACUCAAUAUAUUGUUUUAAGAAAUUAUUUAAUGAAAGAAUUACAUAUGCAAAGAUUACAUCCAAUUAAUGUUGAUAAAGUAUUAUCACAUCAAAUACUAUUAUCAGAUUUAUGGGGAUCUGCAUUAUCAUCAUAUCCUUUUGGUGGUAUAAAUUCUGAACAUUGGUUAUUACUUGGAUUUAGAAGUUCAAAUCCAAUGGAAGAUUUUAAAAAUACUGGUGUUUUAGCAUUAAGAAAUUUAUCAUACUUUUCAAAACAACAUCUUCAACCAUUUCAAAGUUUAUUAUUAACUCAAACUAAAAGAGAAAAAGAUGAUAAUGAUAAUAACAAUAAUAAAGUUAUUGAUAAACCUAUAAUAACUAAUAAAUUUAAUAUUGAAACUUUAGAUGAUGAUAAUGAUAAUAAUAAUAAUCAAGAAUUAAAUAAUAAUAAUAAUAAUAAUAAUAAUAAUAAUUAUAAUAUAAAAACUAAACCAAGAUCAAAUAGUAGAUCAUAUCCAUUAGCAACAGUUGCAAUAUCAUUAACAUAUACACUUUCAAAUAUAUUUAGAAUUGGUAGAAUUAAUGAUUCACCAAUUGAUAGUUCAAUUUGGGAUAUUGCAUUCAGUGGUAGUAAUUGGUUUGAUGAAAUAUUUGUAACAACAUUCAAUUUAUUUGAAUCACUUUGGCAUAGUGAAGCUCAUUCCUAUUCAGAUUUCCCACAAGUAAUCUCUCAUACUAGAGAGAUUAUUGAAAAGGUUUGUUCAAAAUCACCAAUUAACCUACAAGAUUUUAAAGAUAAACUUACAACGUUAUUAGAGAAAAAAGAUGAAAUCUCUUCAUUGGAUGUAAAUACUGUAGAAACUUUAGCAAGAUAUCAUCAAUUACAACCUUCUCAUAUUAAUAAAAGACAUAUUCAUAAAUUUUUUGGUGAAAGAGUUAAUGUUGAUAAAUUACCAAAUUCAAAUAAUCCAACAGAUAAUAUUAUUACUACCAAUACCAAUACCACCACUACUACCACAACUUCAACCAAUAAUGAUUGUGAAUCAACAAUAUUACAAGAUCAUAUAGAAUCUGAUAAAAAUAAUGAUGAUAAUAAUAAUAAUAAUGAAAUAAUUGAUGAUUGUGAAUCAAAUAGUAGUUUCUUAGUAAGUUCAAAUACUAAAGAAUUUUCAGGUAAAAAUUUAAUUAAAUUUUUUGGUGAAAAAACAGAUCAAAAGGAACAAUAUUCAACUCAACCAUCAAAUGUUAAAUCUUAUAAAUUGAAAAACUUUUUUGGUGAUCAACCAGUUGUUAUCAAUAAAAAUGGUGGUGGUGGUGGUGGUGGUGGUGGUGGUGGAGUUGAUAACGAAUUAAACCAAGGUGGUGAAACUGUAAAUAAAAAUAAAAACGAUUUAAUAGAUGAUAGUGACGAUGAAAACGAUAAUGAUGAAGUAAAUAAUAAUAACAAUAGUAAUAGAAUAAAUCAAGAUAUUAAUCAUAAACUUUAUGGUAAUAGUCCAAUUAGUGAAAGAAAUCAUAGAUUACAUGUUUUCUUUGGUGAAUGGUUUGAUACUGAACAAGUUGAGUAUAAUGAAAAGAUUAGAUCAUCAAGUAGUACACCUGAUACUUCAUCACCACCAUUAAAUUCUCAACCAGAGAGUGCACGUCUUCAUAAAUUAAAUAAAUUCUUUGGUGAACGUGUAAAUAUUCCAAUUUCAAAACCAAAGGUAAUCGGUGAAGGUGGUGGUGGUGGUAUUUUCCCAAUUGACGAUAUCGAUGUAACUGAUGGUUCAACAAACAACCAUCAUAUUGGGGGCGGCGGUGGCGGUGGUAGUAGUGAUAAUUUGCUAUCAAGAUCACCAGAAGAGACAAGAAGUGAUUUUAAAGCUCAAAAAGUUUUAGGUGAAAGAUUAGAUAUUAAAAAAGAGAAAGAAUCAAUUAAUUUCGCAUCACAACCAUCAAAUGUUAGAGAAUAUAAACUUCAUAAACUUUUUGGUGAAAUGGUACCAGCCCAUAAACAAAAGUCACCAAAACUACAAGGUGGUAGUGGUCCAUGGAAAAAAGGUAAUGUUUCAAAAUCAGAUUCUCAAGCUGUUGUGGCCCCAUUAAAUACAAUUAAAUUUAAUAAUGGUAAUACAAAUAUGAAUCCAUUAUUACAAUCUUGUCCAACUCCAAUUAAUUCUCCAACCUCACUUUCAAGUGAUCAUCUAUUAGAUGAUGUUUUAGAUUUAAAUCAAACUAAUAAUAAUAUUGAUAAUGAAAAUGAUGAUAUUAAUGAAGCAAUUAUUCCACCAUCUUUAUCUCCAACUUUACUUGGUGUAAAUAAUCAUGGAGAAGAAGAAGAAGAAGAAGAGGAAGAAGAAGAAGGAUAUAAUCAUACUCAAGAUAAUCAUGCUCAAGAUAAUCAUGCUCAAGAUAAUUUAUUAUUAUUAGAUGACGAUGAUGAUACAAAGAGUGAACCAAUUCCAUCAACUAAUACUUUAUUAGAUUCUGAUAUUAUUCCAAAUAAUACUACCACCACUACCACUACUACCACUACUACCACCACCACCACUACAAAUACUACCGGUCAAAAGAGAAUAUCAAUUUUAAGUACUGAUACAAAUAGACCAGGUAGUUCAAAUUAUGGUGAAUCAUCAUUAAGUAAUGGUAGCAGAUUUGAUGGUAUACCAGAAUCAACUACUCAUAAUGCAAAUGGUGAUGAUGAUCAUCAAAUUAAUUUACAUUCUUCAUCACCACAACCAUUACCAAAGUUUGUAAAUACUGAUGACGAAGAUAAUAAUAAUAAUAAUAAUAAUAAAAAACAGGAUGAUGAUGAAGAUGACGAAGAUGACGAUGAUAAAGAAGAAAUUAGAAAAAAGAGAGAAAAUAAAACAAAUCAUAGAUUACAUGUAUUCUUUGGUGAAAGAUUUGAUGUUGAAAAUAUUCAUUUCUUUACUAGAGUUUCAUCAUCACCUGGCUCUUAUGAUGCACAUUUAAAUAAUCCACAUUUAUCAGUAUCACCACAACCAGAAACUGUUAGAUCCUAUAAAUUAAAGAAAUUCUUUGGUAAAAAUCCCGAAGAUAAUGUUACACUCUCCUCCUCUUAUGAUAGUUCAACUUCACCAUUAUUAUCACAAUUAAAUCAUCAUCAUCAUCAUAAUCAUCAUCAAUCUGCUUCAAAUUUAAUUAAUAACAUUAAUAACAAUAAUAAUAAUAAUAAUAAUAAUAAUAGCAAUAAUAAUAGCAAUAAUCAAAAUAAUUUAAAUUCUAGUAAUAAUAGUAAUAAUAGUAGUAUUAGUAAUAAUAGUGGAAAGAAUAAUACCAAUAAUAAUAAUAAUAAUAAUACCAAUAAUAAUAAUGAUAAUAGUCCAAGUACAUCACCAAGUUCAUCAUUUAAGAAACAUCAAUACCAAUAUGUUAGUGCUGAGGAUCCCGAAGGUGAUGUUUCAAAAACAAAUGAAAUUAGAAAAUUACGUAGAGAUUUUAAAACUCAAAGAAUUUUAGGUGAAAGAUUAAACAUUAAAAAGGAAUCAACCGUUGUCGCUUUCCAAGAUCAACCUUCAACCAUUAAAGUUGAUAAAUUGAUUAGUCUUUUCGGUGAAAAAGUUGGUUUUAGUUUAAAAAGAAAAGAAUCUCAACGUGAUCUUCAACACCAAGCUUCUUCUUCAAAUUUGAAAUUUUCUUUAGCUUCAUCUUCAAAAUAG